AUUUAUAUAUUUUUAAUGAUUGUAAACAGAUAACAUGUAUAAAAUUAUAUUUUUGUAAACAAAAUACAGUUUAUUUCAAAAUUUCCCAUUAAAAAUGGCUCAUGAAAUAAUAUAUGUACUAUAGUAAUGCAAAUUUGUUUUUUAAUUCACAUUGUCCUAUACACCCUUCUGUAUCAUAUUGUUUUCAAUGUAUUUCUCAUUCAAAAAGUUAAUGGAAUCCAUCAAAAUAAAAUUUAUUACCCAUAUUUUUUUUUAAAUCCAGCAAAUUCACAUUUUUUAACAACUAAACAACAAUUUAAAGUAAGAGAAGGUUUUACAAAUAUCCACAAAACUCAUUUAAACACAAUGAGAAAUGGAACUGUUUCUCAUUCUAAACCUUCCCUGCAGAUCGCACCUAUGCUUGAUGUAACAUACCUUCAUUUUAGACAAUUCAUGAGAUUACUUACUAGGAAAACACAAUUAUGGACUGAGAUGUUCGUUGCUUCAUCUCUAAUUAAUGCUUCUAACGAAUCGGUAUCUCGAUGGUUAAAGUUUGAGGAAAAUGAGCACCCAAUUGUUGCUCAACUAGGAGGGAAUUGCCCAGAAACACUAGUUGAAGCUGGACGGAUUCUUAAGAAAUUCGGUUAUGAUGAAAUAAAUUUAAAUGCAGGAUGCCCUAGUCCAAGAGUUUCUGGGAAAGGAUGUUUUGGAGCCUCACUCAUGAAGGAAAAGGAGCUUGUUCGAGAUAUUGCACAUCACAUGUUGAGGGAGCUGGAGAUGCCAGUGACUGUUAAGACAAGAUUAGGAGUUGAUGAGUUUGAUUCUUACGAGUUUGUUAGGGAUUUUGUUUCAACUGUCUCCGAGUCCGGUUGCGACCACUUCAUAAUCCAUUCGCGAAAGGCCUGGCUAAAGGGAAUAAAUCCUAAGCAAAAUAGGACUAUACCUCCACUCCAGUAUGAAAAGGUAUACCGUUUACAAAGGGAUUUUCCUCAUCUUAAAUUUACCAUUAAUGGAGGAUUUAAGACAAUGGAGUCCAUUUUGGAGGCACUAAACUCUGAAAAUUUGGACUCCAAUAACAAUCCUCAUAAAUUAAACGGAGUGAUGAUAGGAAGGCUGGCCUACGAGAAUCCAUGCUUACUAUCUAAUGUUGACAAACUCAUCUACGGUGUUGAAAAUCCCGACACGUGUUACACCCGAAGGAUACUUUUAGAGAACUAUGCAAAUUACAUUGAUGAAAAUCAAGUUGAUACUGCGAAUUUGAAUAUAUCCCUGAUUGUUAAGCCGAUUUUAGGUGUUUUCCACGGAGAGCAGGGAAACAAGAUAUUCAGGCCUGACAAAUCUACUACAGAAUCUCUAUCAAAUGUUUAUGAUUAUGAUGAUUUUAUUUAUCAUUCGGGUGAAUCGCGGCAUUCGAUGUUCAUUCACAAAGUUAUUGAUCUUAUGGAUAAAAUAAAUCCUGAAGCCUUAGAUAAACCGCUUUAUUAAUAUUUAAUCUUUUUAAAAGUAAAA